AUGUCGCUGCUCUAUAAAAAUCUGCGGAUACACCAGGUCUUCGGUGCAAACACAGAUGUCGGGAAAACCGUCCUCACCUCGGCCCUCGUCCGCGCGUCGGCCGCCGCCGGGCACUCUGUGUACUACCUGAAGCCCGUUAGCACCGGACCUAUGUCCGAUGCAGACGACGAGCGGAUCCUUUCUCUAGUCGGGAAGCACAAAGCACAAGUACAGAGCAAAUGCUUGUUCCGCUUUGACGACCCCGUCAGUCCCCACUUAGCAGCUCGCCGUGCAAACGAAACUAGCGUCAUCGAGAGGACAGUACCCACUGACGACGCGUUCGUGAACGCGGUAGCGAGCCAUAUUCGUGACUGUGGGGUACAAGCGGGUGUUCCAAGCCACAUGUAUGUAGAAACAGCCGGAGGUGUCCACAGCCCUACCCUGUCGGGAACGACACAGCUUGACGCUUACCGACCUCUAUUCCUUCCUACUGUGCUCAUUGGGGACUCUCGGCUCGGCGGCAUCUCUUCGACUAUCGCUUCUUACGAGGCCAUGUUAAUCCGCGGGUACAUCGUAGACGCCGUGCUGCUCUUCCGCGAUGAGUACUACCGUAACUGGGAGUACUUAGCACCUUACUUUGCUGAGCGUGGAAUCCCGGUCACAUCGAUCCAACCGCCGCCAGAACGCAAACCUGACCCCGCCGCGGACGCUUCUCUGACCGAGCAGUAUUAUCAAGGCAUUGUACCGGAAACAGGUGAUAGCACGAUCUUCGACGUAGUCAAGCAUCUCGACACCUGCCACACGCGCCGACUGGAAGAGCUCGACUCCAUGCCCCGCCGCACACUCGACUCCAUAUGGUGGCCCUUCGUACAACACGGGCACGUAAAAACCGAAGCGGACGUGAACGUCAUCGACAGCGCAUGGGGCGACUUCUUCAGCGUCUACAACGGCAAACGUCCAACGGCCUCGUCCAAAACUUCCAUCCUGGAGCCCCAGCUCGACGGCUCCGCGUCCUGGUGGACACAAGCCAUCGGCCACGCGCACCCGUCGCUCGCCCUCGCCGCCGCCCGCGCUGCCGGGCGGUACGGGCACGUCAUGUUCCCCGAGGCGACGCACCUGCCCGCGCUCGAGCUCGCCGAGCGGCUCAUCCAAACGGGGCCUGGCCGCGGGUGGGCGGCGCGCGCGUUCUUCUCCGACGACGGCUCGACGGGGAUGGAGGUUGCGAUCAAGAUGGCGUUGCGCGCGUACGCGACGCGCGCGGCUGGGGAGCUCGGCGGCGCCCGCCGCAAGGACCUGGGUAUCCUCGGGCUCAAGGGCAGCUACCACGGCGAUACGAUCGGCGCAAUGGACGCGUGCGAGGAGGGCGUGUACACGUGCGAGUGGCACGAUGCGAAGGGAUACUGGUUCGACCCGCCCACCGUCUCCAUCCGCGAUGGCAAGACGGUGGUGAGCCUCCCGCCGGCCAUCGCAGCGGAGACUGGAGACGGCAAGUCCGACGUCGAGACGGUGUCGCUCUCGUGGACGUACAACAUCGACGAGCGGCUUCAGUCUCCCCUCGCUGAGGUUUACCGGAGCUACAUCGAACGCACCCUGCAGAAGCUGAAGGACGGAAAGGGACCUCGGAUCGCCGCACUCGUGCUCGAGCCGCUAGUCAUGGGCGCCGGCGGGAUGCUCUUCGUCGAUCCGCUCUUCCAGCGCGUCCUCAUCGACGUCAUCCGCGGCCCCCGCAGCAGCACCUCCCCGCCCUCCGAGUGGUCCGGGCUCCCCGUCAUCUUCGACGAGGUCUUCAUCGGGCUCUACCGCCUCGGCCUGCAGUCCUCGACCGCGCUGCUCGGCACGACGCCCGACAUCUCCGUGAACGCGAAGAUCCUCACGGGCGGGCUCGUCCCGCUCGCGGUCACGCUCGCGUCCGACUCCGUCUACCGCGCGUUCCUCAGCGACAGCAAGGUCGACGCGCUCCUGCACGGGCACAGCUACACCGCGUACCCCGUCGGCUGCGAGGUCGCGAACGAGACGCUCGACAUCGUCGAGAAGCUCGCCGCGAGCCCCGCGUGGACGGCCGCGCGCGAGAAGUGGAAGGUGCCCGAGCCGGAGAAGGCCAAUGAGAAGGCGGUGUGGAGCUUCUGGGACCCCGAGUUCGUGCACGUCGUGUCGAAGAUGGACCGCGUCGCCGAGGUCAUGGCGUUUGGGACUGUCCUCAGCAUCAAGAUCAGGGAUGAUUCUGCAGGGUACGAAUCGCACUCGGCGCGGGCCCUACUGGAGUCAAUCAAAACUGCCACCGAAAGCGAUGCCCUCUCGCCAGCACCCGGAGGCUCGCCGUUCGGCAUUCACUACCGCACCCUCGGGAACGUCGCCUACUUCAUGCUCAGCCUCAACACCUCUCCGAGCGUCGUCCGGGACAUAGAAGAGAGGGUGUGGACGGUCCUCCAAAACCCCACGUAG